AUGCUCGGGACUCGGGCUGUCAGUCAGAGCCGCCAGAUCCCCGUGGAGGGGCCCGCCGGGCCGGCGCGGCCAUGGCGGCCGUGUUCGAUCUGGACUUGGAGACCGAGGAAGGCAGCGAGGGCGAGGGCGAGCCAGAGUUCAGUCCUGCGGACGUGUGUCCCCUUACCGAAUCGAGGGCUGCCGGCCUGGAGCCCGUGGGACACUAUGAGGAGGUGGAGCUGACCGAGACCAGUGUGAACCUGGGCCCUGAGCGCAUUGGGCCUCACUGCUUUGAACUGCUGCGAGUCCUGGGCAAGGGGGGCUAUGGCAAGGUGUUCCAGGUACGAAAAGUGCAAGGCACCAACUUGGGCAAAAUAUAUGCCAUGAAAGUCCUGAGGAAGGCCAAAAUUGUGCGCAAUGCCAAGGAUACUGCACACACACAGGCUGAGCGGAACAUUCUAGAGUCAGUGAAGCACCCCUUUAUUGUGGAACUGGCCUAUGCCUUCCAGACGGGUGGCAAGCUCUACCUCAUCCUGGAGUGCCUCAGUGGUGGUGAGCUCUUCACACAUCUGGAACGAGAGGGCAUCUUCUUGGAGGACACUGCCUGCUUCUACCUGGCUGAGAUCACACUGGCCCUGGGCCAUCUCCACUCCCAAGGCAUCAUCUAUAGGGACCUCAAGCCUGAGAACAUCAUGCUCAACAGCCAGGGCCACAUCAAACUGACGGAUUUCGGACUCUGCAAGGAGUCAAUUCACGAGGGUGCCGUCACUCACACCUUCUGUGGCACCAUUGAGUACAUGGCCCCUGAGAUCCUGGUGCGCAGUGGCCACAACCGGGUGGUGGACUGGUGGAGCCUGGGGGCCCUGAUGUACGACAUGCUCACUGGAUCGCCACCCUUCACCGCAGAGAACCGGAAGAAAACCAUGGAUAAAAUAAUCAAGGGGAAGCUGGUGCUGCCUCCCUACCUCACCCCAGAUGCCAGGGACCUUAUCAAAAAGUUUCUGAAGCGGAAUCCCAGCCAACGGAUUGGGGGUGGCCCAGGGGAUGCUGCUGAUGUGCAGAGGCACCCCUUCUUCCGGCACAUCAAUUGGGAUGACCUCUUGGCUCGCCGUGUGGACCCUCCUAUCAGGCCAAGUCUGCAGUCAGAGGAGGACGUGAGCCAGUUUGACACGCGCUUCACACGGCAGACACCAGUGGAUAGUCCUGAUGACACAACGUUGAGUGAAAGCGCCAACCAGGCCUUCCUGGGUUUCACAUACGUGGCACCCUCAGUCCUGGACAGCAUCAAAGAGGGCUUCUCCUUUCAGCCCAAGCUGCGCUCCCCCAGGCGCCUCAACAGCAGCCCGCGAACCCCCAUCAGCCCCCUCAAGUUCUCCCCCUUUGAGGGGUUCCGGCCCACCCCUGGCCCACCAGAGCCCAUGGAGCCACCUCUACCUCCACUGCUGCCGCCGCCGCCGCCACCACCGAUCUCGAGCACUGCUCCCCUCCCCAUCCGUCCCCCCUCAGGGACCAAGAAGUCUAAGAGGGGCCGUGCGCGCCCCGGGCGGUAGGAAGGGGGUGGGGCACUGGCAGCACUGAGGCCUUCUCUGCAGGCUGGACUGGCUGUGUCUGCGGGGAGCAGGUGCCUCUGUCAGGGGUGGGUGAGCCCCAGAAUCAUGUGUCUCGAAGCCUCAGGCUACCACUGCUGGCAGGAGGGCCCCACUGGCCACCUGGGGGCCACCACGUUCAGUUGUGCCCUUGCAAAUUAAAGGACUGAAUCAUGGCA